CGACAGUGAAAGUCAUCAUGGAUUCAAUGAAUGGGAAUUUUAUUUAAAAAGUCUGGUUUUUUCUACUAUAGCAACAUCACCUUCUUUUCGUUGUCAAGCAAAAUGGCGGAUCAGACAGAGAAAGCGUUUCAGAAACAGCCAACGGUCUUUCUAGCCCGCAAGGGAGGACUGAAGAAGAAGGAUAUGCGGCAUCACAAGGACGUCGGUCUCGGUUUCAAGACUCCGAGAGAGGCGAUCGAAGGCACCUACAUCGACAAGAAGUGUCCGUUCACCGGUAACGUGUCGAUCCGCGGCCGUAUCCUCACCGGAGUCGUCCAGAAGAUGAAGAUGCAAAGGACCAUCGUCAUCCGACGCGACUACCUCCACUAUCUGCCCAAAUACAACCGUUUUGAGAAGCGUCACAGAAACAUGUCCGUGCAUCUGUCGCCUUGCUUCAGAGACGUAGAACUGGGUGAUAUUGUCACCAUCGGCGAGUGCCGGCCGCUAUCUAAGACCAUCAGAUUCAACGUACUGAAGGUUUCCAAGGGCAAGGGCUCGAAGAAAUCCUUCAAAAAGUUCUAAUCUAAUAAACUUUACUUAUAAGUAA